CUGCAGCGGGUCGUGUCGUCUGUUUGCCGGUGAGCGCCGUUGAGAUGGUGGUGGCCGUGGUGCUGUUGUCGGCGGCGCUGGUGGGCUACCUGUGGUGCCUGGUGCGGCGGCGGCUGGCGCUGCGCCGCUGGGGCGUGCCGCCGGCCCCCGGGGGCGGCUCCCCGCUGGGCCACCUCUGGCCGCUGGUGACGGGCGCCGCCUCGGCGCACUCGCUGCUGCGCCGCCUGUACGAGAACACACGAGGACAGCCGUGCGCCGGCGUGUUCGCCGGGCCCUGCACCGCCGUGCUGCUGCUCAGGGACACCCAGCUGGUUCGCCACGUCACCGUGCGGGCGUUCGCCGACUUCUGCGACCACCACGCCGUCAGCGGAGACCCGCUGCUCGCCGGCAGCCUCAUGUUCCUCCGAGGUGAAAGUUGGCGCCGCAUGAGAGCAACUCUAAGCCCAGCGUUCACAUCUGGUCGAAUAAAAGACAUGAUGGGACUCAUGGCGCAAGUUUCUCGCAACAUGGUGGACCACAUAGACAGCAUCAUCAAAACAAGAAAGCUUACUGACGAUCCUGUGCCCAUUGAGAUAGAAGACCUGAUGAACAGGUACAGCAGUGAUGUCAUAGCUUCCACUGCCUUCGGACACGACUGCAACUCGUUUGCAGACCGCAACAACGAAUUCUAUCGCCGAGGGAAGGACAUCACAGACUUUUCCGGAAUAAGAGCUCUUGUUAUCAUCGGUCACGUGCUGUUUCCGUCGCUGAUGAAGGCGCUGGGGAUCCCCUUCGUCCGCGCGUCCAGCCGCGACUUCCUGCUGCGCCUGGUGCGCGACGCGGUGGAGGCACGGCGCCGGUCCUCCAGCUCCAGCCGUCCGGACGUCUUGCAGCUGCUGAUAGAGGCCCGCCACGAGGACGGAACAGCACUCACCGACACCGAGAUGGCGGCGCAGGUGAUGUUCUUCCUGCUGGCCGGCUUCGACUCGACCACAAACCUGCUGUGCUUCACGACGUACCUGCUGGCCCUCCACCCUGACGUCCAGGCGCGCCUGCAGAAGGAACUCGACGAGUGCAGGUCUGCGGCGAGCGGGGAGAUCAGCCACGAUGACCUCAUGCGCUGCGACUACCUGGACUGGGUCAUUGCAGAGUCUGUGCGGCUGUUCCCGCCAGUGCCGCUGCUGGACAGACGCUGUGGCCGAGCAUGCGCAGUGGGCGGCGGCACCCGGCUGCUGGCUGGGGACGUGGUGGCGGUGGCGGUGCAGGGCCUGCACGCCGACCCCCUCCUCUUCCCCCGGCCGCAGCACUUCCUGCCCGAGCGCUUCCGGCGGCCGGACCAGGUGCCGCAGGGAGCAUACCUGCCGUUCGGAGCCGGACCCAGGGCCUGCAUCGCGAAACGCUUCGCCCUGAUGGAGAGCAAGGUGGCGCUGUCUGUGUUGUUCUCGCGCUACAGCCUGCACCCGGUAGAGAAGACGCCGACCUCCAUUCGACUCACCACCAGGGGACUCAACAUGACCAUCGACGGUGGCUUCUGGAUAGGCUUCAAACCGCGACUCUCAUCCACAAAGACGUGAGCGGCGGAUGACGAAGCGAAGUAAACGACUUGCGCUUUGCACGUCGCAGACUGCACAGGCGAACAUGGCGUGUUCCACUGUUGUUAUGUAUGACGCAGUUGUGACUUAGCAAAGUUUCAUGACGCUGGCCAAUAACUUGAUGCCAUUAUUUCCGUGCCAGAGAGCCAUGAAUGUUGUGAAACACAAUUCAGAGUCAGUACCUGAUAUCCGUGUGUAAAAUUGGUAUUCGAUUACCAAUGUGAAUUUUAUAUCCAUUAGCAGGAUCACCGUGAGAGUGUUCUCAGGUUGUCGCAGCUCCUCUUUUCCCAAAUGUAGUCUUCUUGGAUUUUCGCAUCACGCAUAUCUUCGUAUAAGCUACUAAACUGUUGUCCGCACUCCCUUCGUUUUCGUAAUCUCCUCUACCAUCCAUUUUUGUAUGAUUAUAAUUGGAGCUGUUGAAUAUUAUUAUUAUUAUUAUUAUUAUUAUUAUUAUUAUUAUUAUAAGUGUCCAACUCUCUCUCUCUCUCUCUCUCUUUCUGCCUCUCUCUUUCUUCCUCUCCCUCUCUUUCUUUCUUUUGCAUCUCUCAACUGUGGAACUAACUAUUUUCUGCUGGUAAAGUUACUAACAAGCUGCAAAAAAGACCUGUGUGAACAAUGAACUAGGUUAACACUUGGGUGGAAAUAUAUCUAUACUCUUCAUUCCUUGCUCUGGGCCAGUCAAAGCAAAGCGAUAAGAAAUUGCAUCCAGAGAAAUUGUGGUGCUGAUUAGUAAUAACGUGACAGUGUGUCGGUGAGUAAACAACUGUAAGGAAAAGAAAUCUGGAGCCACUGGGAAUGAACCGCGAGUAGUUUAGAUGACCUUGUGAGGCAUCAAGAUAGCAAGGAGGUAGGAAUGAAGAUGUAAGAAAUUGUACAUAUAAAAAAAACUAUAACCGAAUGAUCAGAACGAAUGUAAGUCCAGUGAAUGGAAGCACAGCUAUCAAAAAAGAAAAAGAAGAGUACCACCGCCAUCUUGUGAAAAGUUAUGGAGGCAGUCGUCAGUCUCGUUCCAUACCUCAUACAAACAUUCUUUUUUUAAAAAAAAUAAGGCAAUGUGGCAUUGAAUGGAAAGUUUCUCUAAAGUCUGCAAACGCCAGAACUACAUGGUCACCUCUAUACAUGGCAGUGAGGAGAUCUUGUGUGAAAAGGGGUGUUCAGUUGCACAUGCUCGAUUUUUUUAGAACCAAUGAUAAUUUUGUUCUAGUUAGAUCGUAAUUUGUGAGCUCAUAAUAUCUACUGGGAUCCCGUUACAAACAUAUGUUAAGUCAUAUACGACGUCAGUUCAGCUUCCUUUUUCAUAUAUGAAUGUCACCUAAGUUCAUGCCCAGUUACAGGGGAAAUCUUUCUGCUCAACGGAUCCGUUAUAAAUUAUGUGGAACAAGUUCACUUGCAAAUUCUUUACAGAAUUUAUCAGGGAGCACAUCUGACCAUGAGGUCUUAUUCAAGUUUCUUCACCACUAGUAAUGAUUACUAAGUCGCUCAUUUUAACAGUGAUAUUCCUAUUGUGUUAUUGCAACAUUACUUUAUUUUCCUUUGUGAAUGAACAUUUGAACUUCCUAUUCUGGUGCUUUGUAUUUCGGCUCCUCUCUUGUUCAAAAUUGCCUGGAAAGCUUUAACUUGACAAUUGUGUGGACAAUUGUCAAGCAACUGGACAGCCUUAACAUAUCACUAACUUUUUUUUGGGAUCCUAUGAUAUUUGUAAAUAUUUCUGGAUACUAUGCACAACCAUCCAAGGUGGCACAGUGCUUAAGACACUGAAACCACAUUCGAGAGCAGCAGGGUUGCAAGUUUCUUUGAAUCAUCCUGAUUUGAGUGUUCUGUGCAUUCCGUAAACAACUUUUUAGGAAUACCGGUAUAGUUCCUUUGAAAAUUCCGUGCCUGAUUUUCUACCGCAGCCUUGAGAAAGCUAAUUUGUGUUCUGUGCAAAAUGACAUGUCGUUGUAUGCGGUGUCAGAUACUAACCUCUUUUCAUUCUCGUAUACAUCAUGUAAGGUCCAUUUCCUGAUAUAUCGCUUCCAACCAAACGAGAAAUGAUUUUUACCUGACUUUACCAGCUAUUAGCCUCGAAAAAAAUGUCAGUCAUGUGGUUGGUCUAUAUGUGGAAUAUUUCGUUCUUUAAUGAAAAUGUAUUCCAAAGAAUUUUAGUUUCUCAAAACAGUCCACGUUUGCAGAAGGAUGUCUGCAGGAACAAGGCAAUACUCCGAAAAACAGCAAUACGUAAUGCACUGAUAAACUUUAAUAUCGUACUAUGUUCUUCACAACUCAGCCAUGUACAUGUACAGUAUGUAACGGUGAUAGUUUCACAUUAAACCUUUUAAUUUUAAACAAAUUAAAGUGAAGAGUUUGACCUUAUAGAUUGUUUUGUCAAAAGAAUUUGAAUGUUGACAACACAUAAUGCUUUCACCUAAUUAAGUUUUGUGACGUCUGCUGUUUACUUUUUGAUUAAAUUUGUAUUUUUUUAUUAUACAGGAACAAUCAUAACUAACAAUUUAAUUAAAACAGUUAUCAAAAUGUCCAAUUACGUUUCAUUAUAUGAUGAACACCUUCUUGUCUGAAGACACACAUCUUUGGCAAUUAAAUAGUCACCUAGCUUUGGUAAUAAAUUACUUGCAUGGCACGUUAAAACUGAAUUUCCAGAUUUAUGAUUUGUAGUGGUGAGAUACUAUAAAUAGACUAAUUUGAACACUGUAUGUUUGAAAUAAAGUUCUAAACAAUUUCCAGCUAGAACUUAUAACUAGAACAUAAUUUUAAUAAAUUAUCUAUUGUAUCCUGAUACAAAGAAAAAUUAUAUUCGACGACUUUUCUUUUUCGUGGAACCCUGUAACCGCACAUCGAUAAUAAAAGUUACUCGUGUGUA